CAGAGAAGAGCGAGUCACGCACGCUAACAACGCCUAACGCUAGUGUGUGUAGACAUAGCGGGUUGAAGAGAAGAUAGUGGUGUGGUCGUACCCACCAACGCCCAAGCAACUUGCCGUGACCGGCGUCUGUUUCGUCACCGGCGUCGUCCUCUUCGCCGUUGGAGCGCAUCUCUCUUUCGCCAACGCAGCCCCUCAAAAAGCUCGCACCAAAGCCCGAAACGACUUCGUCAAGAACCGCCUCAGGGACCUUCUCCGAAAUUGACAUACAUAUUUAUACACACACAUGCCCGGUUGCUUCAAUAAGUGCCCACUCAACUCCAAUUUUUUGUUGUCAGAAUACAUUUAUUCACUGUUCAAGUAGGUACAAACUUGCUAGUAUUUACAAACAUAGAUAUAGUUAGUUUCACAAAUUGAAGGCUUUUUUUGAGGUUUUCUAUGAAUUUUUCUCCAUUUCAUUUGUUGUUGAUAUAUACCCUAUGUAUAGAAUUAGGGUAUACUGAAAUGUUCCAUUUUUACUAUCAAUUCUGGCAAAUUUAAUUGACUAAUAUUUUUGAUAUUGUUAAAAACAUACACGUGUGUCUACAUCUACGUAUAUUAGAGGGAUAUGCAUCAAUUCAUUUGGGAUUUUUCUGAUAUUUAGGGAGAAUCGUUAUUUUGGUGAAACGUUCCAGAAUUAUUGAUUGGUGUGAGGUAGAGGGAGUAAUCACAUAUUUGAUUUAUCAUUUGCUUGAGGUGAUGGAGGAGAUCAGUUUUAAAUUUGUUUUGAAAUGAUGUGGGGACACUGUGUUCUUCAUAGAUACUUUAGAAAAUCAUUGUUUAACUGAGAGAUAAAUAAAUAUGUGCAAGCUGUCUUCCUUACUAAAUUGAUUGUUGAAACUAAUUGGGGGUAAUCCUCUCAACUUAUGUGCAAUUUGUGUUUUUUCUUGUUUGAAAGUUCUAUGUAAACUAGAUUUUGGGGGGUGGUUUUUCCAGUUGAUGUCUGACUUCAUAAAUCACUGUUUCAUUUUGUCUUUCUUUUUCUUUUUUUUUCGAGGGCAUUGUUUCUCCUUUUUUCUUUUAUUUGAGAGGUCUAGAUUGUAAUGCGACUUCAUUGUAAUGCGACUUGAAUGCUCGAAGCUGAAUGAUGAUUGAUGAUCUCUAUAUUAAACCUUUUCCUUGAAAGAAAGAAAAAAUUGUUAGUUUGAUGACACCCUUACAUGCCAUAAUUUAGGUUUUUCAAGUAGCUUGUAUACGAUCACGUCUUGGUCACAUGGUGGAUUUGAUUUUGACCACUGAAACUCUUAUUAGCCAGAGGAACAUACCAGAUCAUGAAUUAGUAACUGCAUCCCAAAUUCCACUUGAGCAUCCUAAUCUGGGUUAAUGUAGAUGUUUUUGUUCAGGUUAGAUACAAUAUUGAUGCUAAUCUUAUAGAAACUGACGUGUGGUUAUAUGUGGUUUGUUCUGAAAACCCUAAGAAUUUUCUGUUCAUUCAGAAGUUUCAAUUUCCUGAUUUUCAGUUCUAACUGCUUGAGGAGGUGAAUCUAUACCUGCCAUCAUAUUCAUCGCCUAAUUUAUCUUGACCUCCACCAUUUUGUCUUCCUACAUAACUAUAUUGUCUACCAUGUUAUUGUGCAUUCAUUAUAAAAGAUGAGGACUCAAAGCUUGACCUUGUGUUUUUUAGAUUCCUCAGAUUUGUUGUGCUUUGACUGGACUCCUGAACUCAGUGGUCACCCGGAUAGAAGGGAACCAUCAAAUGAUGCGUUGCCUGAGGCCAUCAUCGUUGACAGUGACAACAAAUCAACAUCCUUUCUCAUCAUCCCCACAAGGAAAUUCAGCUGAGGAAACACCGAGGUCGAGCACGCAGCCUUCUUCCACCAUCGACCUCACUCGAGAAUACACCCUUGCUGUACAGACCAGUUCCUACAGCGAGAUACGGGAUAAGAUUCAUCAGAGAAACGCUUGUUACCAUGAACCAGAUCCAGGACAAGAAGAGUGCAAUGAAGGACACCAGCUGUUGGCACAGGUCCUGCAGCCGAACCGAGAUUGUGUCCAAGAGUCACUUCAGUCUAUUCGGCCCAACACACUUACCCGCCUUGUUUCUGCCUAUUUUGAUCAUAGUGAACACACUUCCCAUCUGUGCCUCCUCCUUUAUGACAGUGUCCGCCAUGCUCGGUCCCUCUAUACUCCUCUCCACAAUCUCCUCAAUGUCCUUCCCCUAGACUCUGACUCCUACACCCUUACCCAGUCCCAGUGCAACUGUGCCUUUGACAUUUUCCUCCAAUUCGACCGCCUUGACAACCCCUUCUCCUGCCCUGACUCCUUCAACUUCAAUGACAUGCGCUGUUGUUUCUCCCAGCUUAAGCAACAACUUGACCACUGUCUCAGUAAGUCACGCUCCAGGGUUCGGCUCCUUCGCCAUGCCACCACUAGCUCCGCCAUUUGUCUCAUUGGCACUGUCGUAGGUGUUGCCAUAUCUGCUGCAGUCAUAUCUGCCCAUGCACUUGUCACCCUUGUGGCUUGCCCCUUUUUUAGUUCAUUCCUUCCAUGCAAGAUAACUAAGAAAGAGCUGGCCCAUCUGGCACAGCUUGAUGCUGCAGCAAUAGGUACUUAUGUCCUGCACAAUCACCUCGACACCAUUGAUCGCCUUGUGGCCAGAUUGUAUACAGCUGUUGACGGUGACAAGCGUCUCAUUCGCCGCCUUGGAUUGGAGAGGGGCAGGGACAGACAGCCCAUUCUGGUAGUGGUGAAGCAACUCCACAAGAACCGUGAGAAUUUCCUCUGCCAGCUCAUUGAUCUUGAGGAACACAUAUGCCUCUGCUUUGCCGCAAUCAACAGAGCUAGAUCUCUCCUCCUCCAAGGGAUCCAUCUGCAUCAAACUCGUUAUUCCUGACCAAUUUACUUGCAUAAUCCAGGUCUCAUCAUGUUAUUUUCAUCAUUGGAGCAAACAUUACUUGUUACUACCUGUUACAUGAUGUCAUGAGACAUCAUGCAAGACAACGACGUCUCAUCUCUAGCAUGCAAAAGAAUUCUUCUGUUGCAAGUUAUGCUAUAUGAACUCAAGUUCGUUACCUUUAUCUAGAUUGGCUUAGGCCUUAAGAAUGUCUCUUUGGAAUAAAUCUGUCAGCUUCUUCUUCCUUAUGGGUGCAAUGGGUCCAUCAUAACAUUCUUAAAGAUAGGAGCCUAUGGGAUGUUAAAAUUCCCCCUAAUUGCUCAUGGUUUUGGAGGAAGUUGUUGUAGCUAACAGAGCCAUUUAGGUUAUGUAUAAAACAUACAGUGGGUAAUGGUCAGAAUACAUUCUUUGGUUUGAUAAUUGGUUGUAAUAUGGACCAAUUUAUUCUCAGGAAUGCGUCUCUUUUGUUUGAUAAUUGGUUGCAAUUUGGACCAAUUGUAGGAUCAUUUAUGAUUCUGAUUUGCCCUGGAAUGGGGUUGUUAAAAAUGACCUUAAAAAGUUAAACAUAAUUGGUGAAAUGGCAUAUAAUAAAAAAGAUUGGAGAGAGAAAAUUCAUGUGGCCAACUCCACUCAUAUGGGAUUAAGGCAAGGAUGAUGAUGAUGAUGAUUCUGGUUUUUGCCCAGGGCAGCCAAGGUUGCCAACUUGCCAAUAAUAUUUCCAACAAUUUUUUGUCUUUAGCUUCCUUCAACCAAAUAUCACACUUUACGUCUUUUCUAGCUGAUUUACUGUUGCAAGUUGUGCUAUCAUAAAAGUUACUUGGAAUGGCACUUAGGAGGGGCGGGAGUGGGAUUAAGGGUUUGUCCUGUGUCAACCAAAAUGAGUUUUAUCCAUCAAAGCAGAUUCAACAAGACCUGAAUUAUAUUUAUUGGAUCCAGGUCCUCACUGAGUCUAAAGGUCAUCAACACUUUGUUGCUAAUUUUUCAUAAUUAGAUUUGUUUCACAUAUAUAUCAUUAGUAGUAUUGUGUUGACUGCUUGUAUGCAUGCAAGUAUAUGGACACAGGUGCAUGCAUGGAUAUAUAUGCUCUAAUUAAUCAGAUCAAGUAAAUUCAUAUACAUUGUCCAAAUAUUUGUAAUUACAUUUGCCAUAUCCUGAUCUUUCUUGAUAUUUGGUUCUAGUAUUGCAUUCCUAUAUAUACUUUUUUGACAAUGGUGUCGAUCUUCUUGAAGCAAAAGAGAGCAAUAAAUUUCAUCCUACACAAAUUGUGCAGGUAGUCACAGUUGGGUCCAUACAUGGAGGCCAAGCCGGAAAUGUGAUCCCACAUACGGUUGAAAUUACAGGAACUUACAGAAGCUUAACCUCUCAAGGUCUCUCCUACUUACAGGAAAGGAUCAAAGAGGUGAUAGAGAUGCAAGCAGCUGUGCAUCAAUGUAGUGCUGUGUUGGAAGACAAACCAAUGCCUCAUCCGGUAGUGGUUAAUGACGAGGCACUGUACGAACACGGGAAGAGAGUUGGGGAGAUCUUACUUGGGAAGGUAAUAUGCAGCUACUCCCAGUGACCAUGGGUUCUGAAGAUUUCAGCUUCUACUCUUAGAAGUUCCCCGCUGCAAUGUUUGUGGUAGGGACAAAGAAUGAGACUCUAAAAUCGGAUGAGCCAUUGCACUCGCCUUACUUUGUUAUUGAUGAGGAUGCUCUGUCCAUUGGAGCUGCGUUUCAUGCUGUUGUGGCAAUCUCUUUCUUAGAUAGCCAUGUUUUUUAUAUCUAGAAUUUGGAUCUCUCAUCACUUGUGAAAUAGAAACCAUAUGAGAAAGAAAGUUGUUAAAAAAGAUCAUGCAGAUCUGUGAGAACAAAAUAAGUUGACAGUAAUUAAUUGCAGAAAAAUUAUGCAAGUGUAUCUUUUUAAUUAUAGUUUUUAAACUUAUAUUUUUCAUUGUUAUGA